AGUGGUUCGCUCAUGUGUGUUAUCGAAGUGUGUAUGUGCAUGCAUAGUGAAGAAAAACGGAAUGCGAAGUAGCAAAUAAGAAGUUUUAUACAAUUAAGUGCAAAUAUAUAUUAAAAUCGUUAAUAUGAUAUUGUUAACGUACGAGAACUUCAUAGUUAUUUAAAUUAAAAUAAUUUAAAUAGCAAAGUUUAAAUGAAAUUUGUAAUCCAAAGAAAUUUGAAAAAUUCGAUUGACUGCUUGGAGAGUCUGAAGAAAAUUGUAAAAAUUUUUAAUCGAAUAGAAAUUGUUAUGUUCCUUGAAAGUGUAAAUUGAAUUUCGAUGCAAAUGUCUAUCUAAAGAAGCAGCAAAAAUAGCAUUUUCUAAAAUUUCCGCCUGCUGGUGUUUCGGUGGUUUUGGUCUACCCAACGUUGAAAAGAGAGGCGCAAAGAUAGACGCGGUGUGGGGUUGGGCUUCUGCCCCGCUGCGUUUGGCGGCAAACAGAAUGGGUGAUCCCCUUUUACCGGGUGCUACCGGCGUGGGUGGCGCAGCUGGUGCGGUGGAUAGACCACCGUCGCCAGCUCGUCUUUCGCACACGUCCGAGAAGCAUCCGAAGGUCACACUAUCCGAGUUAAAUAUGUUACGUCGUCAUCGUGAAUUAUGUGAUGUCGUUUUAAAUGUUGGCGGACGCAAAAUAUUUGCUCAUCGUGUUAUACUGUCAGCUUGCAGUCCGUAUUUCAGAGCUAUGUUUACUGGAGAACUUGAAGAAUCUCGUCAGACAGAGGUUACUAUACGUGACAUUGACGAAAAUGCUAUGGAGUUACUUAUUGAUUUUUGUUAUACUGCGCACAUAAUUGUGGAGGAGUCUAAUGUGCAAACGUUAUUGCCUGCAGCAUGUCUUUUGCAGUUGGUAGAGAUUCAAGAUAUAUGCUGUGAAUUUCUGAAGCGUCAACUGGAUCCAACAAAUUGCUUAGGCAUCCGAGCUUUCGCUGAUACGCAUUCGUGUCGUGAAUUGUUGCGCAUUGCAGACAAAUUCACCCAACAUAAUUUUCAAGAGGUUAUGGAGAGUGAAGAGUUUUUACUUUUACCUGUUGGCCAAUUGGUGGACAUAAUAUGUAGUGAUGAGUUAAAUGUCCGUUCCGAAGAACAAGUAUUCAAUGCUGUUAUGUCCUGGCUAAAAUAUAAUGUAGGUGAUCGAAGACAACAUUUGGCACAGGUUUUGCAACAUGUUCGUCUUCCUCUACUUUCACCAAAAUUUCUUGUUGGAACUGUCGGUUCAGAUUUACUUGUUCGUUCAGAUGAAGCAUGUCGUGAUCUUGUUGAUGAAGCUAAAAAUUACUUGUUGCUUCCUCAAGAACGUCCAUUAAUGCAAGGUCCGCGCACUCGACCACGUAAGCCAACUCGACGUGGUGAAGUACUUUUUGCUGUAGGAGGCUGGUGUUCUGGUGAUGCUAUUGCCUCCGUAGAACGCUUUGAUCCACAAACUAAUGAUUGGAAAAUGGUUGCUCCCAUGAGCAAACGUCGCUGCGGGGUAGGUGUAGCUGUGCUUAAUGAUCUCCUAUACGCAGUUGGUGGACACGACGGUCAAAGCUAUUUAAAUAGUAUUGAACGAUAUGAUCCACAAACAAACCAAUGGUCAUGUGACGUAGCACCAACAACUUCUUGUCGCACUAGCGUUGGUGUAGCAGUACUUGAUGGAUUUCUGUAUGCUGUUGGUGGUCAGGAUGGUGUUCAAUGUUUAAACCAUGUUGAGCGAUAUGAUCCCAAGGAGAAUAAAUGGUCAAAAGUUGCUCCAAUGACUACUCGGCGCUUAGGAGUAGCAGUUGCUGUACUUGGAGGCUAUCUGUAUGCAAUAGGUGGUUCAGAUGGUCAAUGUCCAUUGAAUACUGUCGAACGUUAUGAUCCAAGACAAAAUAAAUGGUGUGCAAUAAAUCCAAUGUCCACACGCCGUAAGCAUUUGGGUUGUGCAGUUUUUAAUAACUACAUUUAUGCUGUUGGAGGACGUGAUGACUGCAUGGAGCUUUCAUCAGCUGAGCGAUAUAAUCCACACACAAAUACAUGGAGUCCAAUUGUAGCAAUGACCUCAAGACGUAGUGGUGUUGGUCUGGCUGUUGUUAAUGGUCAGUUGUAUGCAGUGGGUGGUUUUGAUGGCUCUGCCUAUUUAAAAACGAUUGAGGUUUAUGAUCCUGAAACCAAUCAGUGGCGUCUUUGUGGAUGUAUGAAUUAUCGAAGAUUGGGAGGUGGUGUUGGAGUUAUGCGCGCCCCGCAGACUGAAAAUUAUAUGUGGAUACGUAAGGAUUCAGUUGUUUGAUGGGACUAUUAUGGACAAUUUUAUUAAAGAUUUUCA